AUGUGGUGUAGAGGAGCAGGGCGGCUCGACCGAGAUGUGGCUUUGGUCUACUCGUGCGAAGGGUCACCAUCCAGGACCAUGACAUUCGGCGACUUGCGUCGUCAAGUGGCUGUAAUGAUGCAGUUUUUCCGACGGAUAGGUCUACAGAAGGGGGAUCGGGUCGCGGCGGUGGUUUGCAAUACACCUGAGACGGUUGUAACGAUGCUCGCUGUUACUGGAUUAGGAGAGGACCUCUGCCGGCGGAUGGCAAGCGUCAAGACUCUCCUUACACUUCCCCUGGAUGGCGCAAUGGAAAUAACUUUUCACGAGGACAUCGUAUCCCGAGUCCCUGAUGUUUUUCAGGCGAGGUAUUCCGAUAUCAUGAACACCGGCACGACGGAUCUGGACGUUCGGCCGGGAGACGCCAUGCUCUACUACUCUACAGCGUCGUGGAUGAUGUGGAACUGGCUUGUCGCGGGUCUCGCUUCUGGCGCCACCCUCCUUUUGUACGAAGGCCAUGCAAUGCAUCCGGAUCCCCUAGUCUUAUGGAGGUUUUUCGACGAACACGGUGGCACUCUUUUCGGGACGAGUGCAAAGUACCUCCAGGACUUGGAAAAAAUGGAAAUCGUCCCCAAAUCUACCUUUUCGUUGAGCCGUCUGCGCACGCUAUGUUCAACGGGGUCGCCGUUAUACCCACACUCGUUUCGCUACGCUGCAGAGUGCAUAAAGAGAGACCUCCACCUCGUGUCUAUGUCUGGCGGCUCUGACAUAUGUUCCUGCUUCCUAACUGGAAAUCCAACCGGUGAAGUCCGGGAAGGACUUCUUCAGGUCGAAGGCCUCGGCAUGGACGUCGCUGUGGUCAAUCCGUUUGGAGAGAGCACCGUUGGCCGGACAGGCGAGCUAGCGUGUCUUCAACCUUUCGUCAGCCAGCCUAUACAACUCUGGGACGACGAAAACCGCGCAAAAUACAUCCAAACGUACUUCGACAAAGCGAAGGGAGGAAUGUGGGUACAAGGCGACCAUUGCCUUUCAUUUGGAUCCCCAAUAAAAGGGUUCGUGAUACUUGGACGGAGCGAUGCGACAUUAAACCCGAGCGGUGUCAGAGUCAGCAGCUCGGAAAUUUACCAAGUGGUCCUGGGACACCGAGGCGUUAGGGAGUGCAUUGCCGUUGGGCGGAUUCACAAUGAUGCCGAGCACAUCGUCCUUUUCAUUGUUCUCGCAGGUACACACCGGUACACGGCCUCGUUCGUCGCAGAGCUGAAGAAGAUGAUCAGAGAGACCCUGACAUCUUUCCAUGUACCAAAACACAUUUUUAUGGUUGGCGAAAUCCCCAAGACGAAAAACGGGAAGCUAAUGGAGAAGGAACUCAAGAAUUUCGUAAACGGCCUGCCUGCAACAAAUCUUGCAAGCGCACAAAACCCAGAUGUAUUCAGAGAGUACGAACGCUUCGUUCACAAACCUCGACUCCAUCCACGUACUCCUUCCCCCCAUGCGUGGAGGUCAGAAUAUGAAGAGGAGCAUGGCUUCCCUCCUCCUACAGAUAGUAUGGAUUACUAA